AUGCGAUCUUGGAUUUUUUUUUUUCAACAAUCUUUGCAUAAGUAAUUAUUUAGUAAGAAAUUCGCUAGGAACCUCAUCAUAUUCUAAUACUAAUUGCUUUUAUAUGGACUAAUUUAAUAAUAAUAAGUGUUUAGCUUGUAAACCAUGGAAAAAACUAAAUGCAGAUGGCUCUUGUUAAGAUUUCAUUUGCAAUUAAUAUUGCCAAACAUGUUUGGAAACUAAUCCUAAUUUUUGUACAUCUUGCAGCAUUUAUGUAAAUCGUUAGCUUGA